CCAAGCCGUACGCCAAGCUGCACUCUGAGACGCCCCCUACUGGUGGACACCCCGCCAUGUUGGUGUGCAGCGUCUACGACUUCUACCCCAAAAUGAUCAAAGUGAGCUGGCACAGAGACGGAAAGGAAGUCACCACUGAUGUCACUUCCACUGAUGAGCUGGCUGACGGAGACUGGUACUACCAGAUCCACUCACACCUGGAGUACACGCCCAGGUCUGGAGAGAAGAUCUCCUGUGUGGUGGAUCACGUCAGCCUGGAUAAACCUCUGGUUAAUGUCUGGGACCCGUCCAUGCCAGAGUCGGAGAGAAACAAGAUCGCCAUCGGAGCGUCUGGACUGAUCCUGGGUCUGAUCUUAUCUCUGGCUGGAUUCAUCUACUACAAGAGCAAGACCCGAGGAAGGAUUCUGGUGCCCAGUAACUGAUCCGGGUCCUGGUGGUCCAGCAUCAGAUGGAGGAACAAGCAGCUUCCUGUGCUUUCCACCUGCCGUACCGACUAAACACGAUUGUCUGAUGCUGGGCUGGUGUGAACCCUGAUCCUGGACUGUUCCUGGGUCAGGUUUAGUCUGGUCUCUGGAUGUGGACUGUGCUUCAUUCUAGUGUGAUGCUUUACUUGAUCAAUCAAUAUUUUACAGGAUCAAUCAUUCUGCUGUUCUAUCAGAUAUAAUCAGGGGAUUGGAGGGUUUAAAGCUCAUGUGUGAUUGUUACAUUUAUAUAUUUGUACUGAGAGAAACUUUUCCAACCACAGUAAACCUUCAGAAACCAUGUGUGGACGUUUUCUUCAGGUGUUAAUAAUCAGGUAGUAUACUAGUAAUGACCCGUUAGAUUGUUUCUCUUAUGGAAGCAAUAAGUGGACGAAUCAUAUCUCCUUAUUUUCUCAAACUCUUCACUUGAUGUAUCCGGUUUAAGAGAUUAAACACUGGUUUUCCCACGA